UUCUAGAUGCAUAAUACUACUAAUGAUGAUGACCUUCAUGCCCGCCAUACUAAUGGUCACUAUAGCACCUCUGUCUAUGAUGAAUAAUGGUCAUCUUGAAGAUCCCACUACUCGUUUAUCUCGCUGGGCUGAAGCAGCGUUCAACUUUGUCCACAGUCUCAACUGUAGAGACGUUUUCUUGACGACUGAACGAGAGUGCCGGGAAUUAGUACAGGUAACUCAGAACCAGAUGAACAUAUACGUUGCUGACCCCUCAGACGGGGGACGAUUGGCGGCUGUCCUUCCCGAUGGAGCUCUCAGUCGUUCCGGGGCUCACGAUGCGGUCCUUGUGCUUGACCCCUACCCUCGCGCCAGCUUCGGACAUCUCAUAGUAGUAUUUUUUCUGGACAAAUUAUGGUCAGAAACGCUGUGUGAAUUAAACGGAGGACAUUAUAUCGGACACGGUGAUUGUUUAUCGUUGGCUCUUAAGAAUCGUUGUCACAAUCUUUUGGGGCGGAGAUCACGCCGGAGGAACCUGGCCCGUCGAUGUGAAAUUAACUUUCUUCCAUUGGUCCACCUAGCUAACCAGUCUCCUCGUGGUCAAGAAGAUCAGUUGCUCAGAUGUCGCGACAACAUUCCAGGUUUUGCGCCUUGCCCUUCCUUUCGUCCAGUAAAUGAGACCAGUCAGCUUCUCUGUAAUCCUCUGCACGUUAACACACAGCGGUGUAGCACGACGCACGAAACCGUACACACACGUUGCCGAAUCUUUGAAAUAUGCGACCAAGCCGUGUUACUGGCGGGAGGUUGGAAUCGACUGACCAGCACUCCAGAAUCUCUGAACAACCUAAGGUCAAUGUAUCAGAUGUUGAAAAACGUUGGUUUCCGGAAAAGAAACAUUAAGAUCUUCUUUGCCAACGGAGCAGAGAACUUUGAAGUUUUAGGUGGAGAGAACCACCCACUUUAUCCCUCCGUUUUUAAACUGGCACUGCGGUAUCACCUGAAGAAGAUGUGUGAAUCUCCUAACUGCGUCGAUUCCUUGGUGCUGUAUCUAAACAGUCCCACAGAAAAUGGUGGAAGUAGUUUACUGUGGGACAUUGAUGGAAAUGGACAGGCGGACGAAGACGAGGCGUACACAGUGGAAGAAAUGAUGGCAGACUUACAGGACUGUUCAGCUCGCCAGGUGUUUAUCAUUGCAGAUCAAUGCUUUUCAGGUCAACUUGUAAAGUCUUUUAAUCGCUCUACGAGGCACAGUAAUGUCCACAUCUUCACCAGCGGCAGAGAGCGCGAGUAUUCAUGGCAAGGAGAACUAACUAGACACUGGGUUAGCUUCCGUCACCAACACGCAUGUGUAGAUCAAGUGUAUGAGGCAAGCCAGCGAGCUGUUAGACAGUCCAACCCAAUGAUGUUCAGUGGCUCUUCUGGAAGCAAUCGUAAGACUUUGUUCGGAGCACCUUGUGACGUCGUAUCUCCUUUUACCAACAGGGAGCUCCAUCAAAAUUACUAUGGUUGCCAGAAUCUUCCAGCCAGCGUCUGGGUUAACAAGUUAAUGCAAUAGUCGGACAACAGCUGGUUGAAGAAUUGACAUUAUGAAUAUACUCUCAUCCUUUUUUUCUUUAAAUAAAGGAAACUUACUGUGAAAGGGUAAUCUUGUUAAAGGGUUUAACUAAAGUCUUAACGAUAAGCUCUUUUAUUCGUAUAUAUAGAAAAAACAAACCGACAUGGCUUCAAACUUAAUUCUGUGAUUUGGUUAAUUAUGGGAUAACCGAUAUUAUGUUCAGU